AUGCACCACUGGGUAACGGCUACUGCAGCUACGAUGAGCUCCGCUGAUCUGCCAGCCGUUCACGAGAUGUGGAGUGUUGCUGUACCUGAGAUGGCAUUUGAGUAUGAGCCACUUCUUCACACAUUGCUCGCACUAGGCGCCGCACACCGCGCCACAUUGUUCCCAGACCAGGCAAAUUCUUUGCGACCUAUUCAACAUGCCUACAUUGACUUUGCUCUUCGGGAACAUCGUCCAAUAACAGCCGAUCUAGAUGGGAAUACCAGUGAAGCGGUCUGUGUCAAUGCGGUGUUACUCUCCUUAUACACUUUAUUUCUCCGGUCGGAACCGUCCUCGGAUUCCUAUGAGCCUCCUCUAUUGUGGCUAUCCGUAGCACGGGGUAUCCGAACAAUCCUAAAGACAGUCUACCAUCAGCUCGUCCAAUCAGACUCCAAGCUUAAACCCUUGUUAUUGGCAAAGCCGUCUCUUUUUCACGAAGGUUUGAGUAACUUCAAGGGAUCCGCAAAGCCAUUCCAUUUUAUUCUCGAAUAUCUCCUAGAUGAAGAAGAGAUUGAUGAGAAGACGCAAAAAGCCUAUUCAGAAAGCAUCAACUACCUAGAGUGCCUCUAUACAGCAUCGAAGGCCCCAACACCUACGUGGAUUCUCCGUAAAAUGUUCACGGGAUUUCCACCAAUGGUCCCCCGACGAUUUUGUGAGCUAGUCACAGAGAAACGCCCCCGCGCUCUUGUUAUUCUCGGGUAUUUGUUCGCGUUGGCCAAGAAGGUAGAGAAUGUUUGGUGGCUUCAGGGGAUUCCUGAGCGAGAGGUGCGUGGAAUCGAAAGCAUUAUACCUGCUGAAUGGAAAUGGACCAUGGUCUGGCCUCUCAACUUGAUCGCUGAAAACCCCUCUGUUACAUCUGAAGGCGAGAUUAUUGUGACUGCAACCCCUUUCGCUACAUCGAGCAUAGCAGAGGCUUCAUCAUAA